AUGCAUCAACACCCUAGCACUACACCCUGCGACCCCAACGAGGUUUGUCACGCCCGCAACGAGAACAAGCCAGAAACGGAACAAGAGAUUUCGGGUGGUGCACAGAGUCCGAAUCAUGGAGUCACAUUCGACUCGCCGCACGAUGACCAGAACCCACAGGACUGGGCGCCAUGGAAAAAACUCGUCAUCUCUACCACCGCAUGCACGGGAACCUUGAUCGCAAGUUUCAACAGCGCAAUCUACAACGCAGCUGUUGCGCCCAGCAGCACCGAGUUCAACGUGGCAAACAGAGUCGCAGUACUGGGUACCAGCCUCUUUGUGCUAGGCUUCGCAUCUGGCCCCGUGAUAUGGGCUCCAGGGUCUGAAAUGCUUGGGCGCCGUUGGCCACUUGUGUUUGGCGUCUUCGGAUCCUGCGUAUUUACGUUUGGAAGCGGUAUGGCGGAGAAUGUGCAGACACUCAUCGUGUGCCGGUUCUUUGCGGGCUUGUUUGGCGCAAGCCCUCUGUGCGUUGUUCCUGCUGUGCUGGCAGAUUUGUACAACAGCACGUUUCGCGGUGUGGCGAUAUCGCUGUAUGCGCUGACGGUGUUUGGGGGUCCGUUUCUUGCACCCAUCGUUAGCGAUUUCAUCGCUGCAAGUCACUUGGGGUGGCGUUGGACGCUAUAUCUUCCUGCGAUUUUAGGGCUUGCUAAUUCCUUGUUCCUGUUGCUAUUGUUCCGGGAGACUUUUGCCCCAUUGGUACUGGUGCAGAAGGCGCAGCUGCUGCGGCGGCAGACUGGUGACCGAAACAUUUAUGCUGAACAAGAGAGACUAAAGCUAGAUGUCCACGCUGUGGUGAAAAAAUACCUUAUUCGACCGCUUCGCAUGCUAGCGACGGAGCCCAUUAUCCUCUUGGUAUCCAUGUAUAUGUCGUUCAUAUAUGGAUUAGUUUAUGCACUUCUAGGGGCAUAUCCAUAUGUAUUUCAGCAUGUCCAUGGCAUGCCGGCCGGAGUACGGACUUUGCCAUUUCUCGGACUACUCCUGGGUGUGAUUUUAGCUCUUCUCUUUAUCCUUGGCCAACACAGGCCGUAUUGUCGCAAGCUAGAGGCAAACAAUGGGAAGACAAUACCAGAAUGGCGGCUUGGACCUGCUAUCUUGGGAGCUGUUGUGUUCACGGUUGGUCUAUUCUGGUUUGCUUGGACAGGCUUCACUAAUGCUAUCCAUUGGAUGGCGCCAACUGCAGCCGGGGUAUUUAUUGGGUUUGGAGUGCUCUGCAUCUUUUUGCCUUGCUUCAACUAUCUCGUUGAUGCUUUUCUGCCUCUAGCAGCUUCCGCAGUUGCAGCCAACAUUAUGCUCCGUUCAGCAGUUGCAGCUGGUUUCCCUUUAUUCUCUACUCAGAUGUUUGGAAAUCUCGGGAUCCAGUGGGCAGGGAUGCUCCUCGCCUGUCUCGCCACGAUCAUGAUACCAAUCCCAAUAGUUUUCCGAGCAUAUGGACCGGCCUUGAGAGCAAAGAGCAAGAUCCUGGUGGAAGCCGCUAGUGAAGUGAUGGUAUGA